GAAUUUCAAAAUUCAAACGGCUCUUUCAGUGGAGCCGAUCUCUCUCUUCCGUUAAUUAGACCCGCCAACGUCUCCUCAUCCAAUGCCAUUAACGAGUUUCCUAUAGCUUACAGUUCCAAAGUACUGUAAUCUGAAACCAGCUUCUGGAAGGCAUUUUCGAUUCUCUGGGAAAGUGAAGACAAGAUCGAGUUCGUAAUCGCGAAACCUAAUGGCUUCUUCGAGGAAUUGGCUGAAAUCUCUCAUCAAUCUCAAAAAGCCCCAUCCUACAGCUUCGGAGCAACAGGAGAAGAGCAAGAAGAAAUGGAGGUUGUGGAGAAGCGCUUCUGACGGGUACGGAUCUGCUGGUAAAAUUUCGAAGAGGGAAUUUGUUGAAUCAACAGAAUCGCACGAUUCGAGGCUUUUGGCUAACGCCGUGGCUGCAGUGGCUCGAGCUCCGUUGAAGGAUUUUGUGGUAGUGAGGCAACAUUGGGCCGCCGUUCGAAUCCAGACGGCUUUUCGCGGCUUCUUGGCAAGGAGAGCCUUGAGGGCACUGAAGGCAGUGGUGAGACUUCAGGCCAUAUUCCGGGGGCGGCAAGUGAGGAAGCAGGCCGCCGUGACUCUGAGGUGUAUGCAGGCGCUGCUCCGAGUUCAGGCCAGAGUGAGAGCAAGAUCUGUGACUAAUUCUGCAGAUCAAUUAGCCCAAGAAGAAGCCGAUCCCAUUAAGCAGGCCGAGAAAGGAUGGUGUGACAGUAUGGGUACUGUGGAGGAAGUGAAGACUAAGCAUCAGAUGAGAAGAGAUGGGGCUGCCAAAAGGGAAAGAGCUCUUGCAUAUUCCAUUUUACAACAGAGAUCAAAAUCAUGUGCCAGCCCAAACAGAGGCACCACAAGCAAGCAAAUGAUGACCCAACACAAGAAAUUGGACAAGAAUUACAGGCACCACGACUGGAGCUGGCUAGACCGGUGGAUGGCCGCCAAAUCAUGGGAAACCAGUUCAUUAGACACUGUCCCAGCCGAGACGACGCCGUUUUACCGCAAAAGUGAAGAUGUCAUCCACUUUCCGGACAGUGUCAGAGUUAGAAGGAACAAUGUCACAACAAGAAUCUCAGCUCAACAACCCUCCUCUUCAUCCAAUCAUAUUUCUCCCUCUCCAUCUUCCUCGGAGUCUGUCUGCGACGAGUACUCUGCCUCCACGUCAUCGUGCUCAUCAGCAGCGGUGGCGGCCGAUGAGGAAGAGGCCGGAAGCAAGCCGAGCUAUAUGCAUCUCACGGCGUCGAUCAAAGCGAAGCAGAGAAUUUGUGGCGGGAGGAAUUUACCGAUCACCUGCGGGAAGACGGCGACGGAGACGCAUUCUAAUGCUGACUUCAAUGCUUACAAUGGCGACGGAUUUCUUGAACAGUACGAGCAGCCGCAACCGUUCGAUCUGGGGCGUGAAUUUGAACGGCACUCCAAUGUAGAUAGCACAGGAUGUGAGAUAAAGCAUGUGACCAGUCAUUACGAUUCAUCUUCCAGCGGCAAACUUUUCGUUGGAGGCGUUUCUUGGGAGACCACUGAAGAGACCUUUAGUGAAUACUUUGGCAAGUAUGGGGACAUAGCAGAUUCAGUCAUAAUGAUGGACAAACACACUGGAAGGCCACGCGGGUUUGGCUUUGUAACAUUCUCUGAUCCUGCUAUUGCUGACAUGGUUCUGAGGAAGGAGCACGUUAUAGAUGGCAGAGCGGUGGAAGUGAAGAGGACAGUUCCUAGGGCUGAUAUGAAUGAUAAAUUGGUAUCAAGAACAAAGAAAAUAUUUGUUGGUGGAAUACCACCUUGUUUGACUGAAGAUGGGUUUAAGGAUUACUUCUCUUCUUUUGGAUGUAUUAUUGAACACCAAAUCAUGAUAGAUUAUCAAACCAGGCGGUCUAGAGGAUUUGGAUUUAUCACAUUUGAGAACGAAGAUGCCGUUGAAAAUAUUUUUGCAGGAGGUAGAAUACAUGAGCUUGGAGGCAAGCAGGUGGAAAUCAAGAAGGCUGUACCAAAGAGAGGUACUAAUGAUUUCAGUAGUAAUACUGCAAAGAAUUCUGCAGGAUUUGACAGGUAUAGAUCUGGAGGUGUAUAUGAUGGUAAAAUGGACAGAGCUCUUGGUGGGUAUGAUGUAUAUACUACUCCCUAUGGCGGGUUCGGUGGAAACUAUGCCAGUUUCUACGGUGGAUACGGUUUCGGUUAUGGUGGAGCCAUGUAUACGAAUGCUAGAUAUGGAAUGAACGGUUACGGCAUCCCGAAUGGCUAUGGUUGUACAGUUGGAUACGGAGCCAAUGGAUUUGGCAAAGGAUAUCAAGGAAAUGGUGGUUCAAUGCCUGAAAGAUAUCAUCCAUAUUGGUAUUGAACAAACUUUUCCAGGACGUUCUUUAAACGCGGGCACAAGUUUCAUCUUAGUAGCAGUGCAGUUUUAGCUUGUUGCAUGUAAUAUAGUUGUCGACAAUCUUUUAUUUCUCUCUUUUUUUCUUUUUUUUUUUGGACAAGAAACAAUUUGAUUGAUUAAAUGAAAUGAUGAACAUAUCUCUUCAAAAA